AUGAUGUUGGUCAAAACGGGUUUACGGCUCAAUCAGAUUCACCCACUUGCAGCGUUUCCUUUGGCUCAAUUUUCAACUGCUUUGACUCCAUACUCAACUACAGGACGAACAUUGGUCUCGUCAACCCACCCAAAACAGCGAACACUUCUUGUUAGUCAUAAUAAGCAUAGUGAAUAUUUCAUGGCUGGUCAACGUUUUAUUACUGGUUACGAUGUUUUACUUGAUCGACGUGCCAAUAAAGGUACAGCAUUUACAAUUGAGGAACGACAAAUACAUCGUAUUCAUGGUUUAUUACCACCAACAGUAGCUACAUCUGAACUUCAAGUUGAACGAUUCAUGGAAAAUUUACGUAACAUGCCUGAGGAUUUAUCACGAUACAUAGCAUUAAGUUCUUUACAAGAUCGUAAUGAAAAAUUAUUCUAUCGUGUAGCAAUGCAGCAUACACAAGAAAUUAUGCCACUUGUUUAUACGCCAACUGUUGGUUUAGCUUGUCAAAAAUAUGGUUUGAUUUAUUCAAAACCAAAAGGCUUAUUUAUAUCCAUCAAUGACAAAAAUCAUAUUUUCGACAUGUUAGCGAAUUGGCCUCUGCAUGAUGUUCGAGCCAUUGUUGUUACUGAUGGUGAACGAAUAUUAGGUUUAGGUGAUUUAGGUUGUAAUGGUAUGGGUAUACCUGUUGGUAAAUUAAGUUUAUAUACAGCACUAGCUGGUGUUUCACCUGAUUAUUGUUUACCAAUAACACUUGAUGUCGGAACAAAUAAUAAAACUCUGCUUAAUGAUAAAUAUUAUUUGGGUUUACGACAGAAUCGUGUUACAGGAAAAGAGUAUGAUGAUUUCAUUGACGAAUUUAUGCAAGCAGUUAUAAAACGAUUUGGUCAACAAUGUUUAGUUCAAUUUGAAGAUUUUGCUAAUCAUAACGCAUUUCGAUUACUUAAAAAAUAUCGUCAUCUGUAUUGCACAUUCAAUGAUGAUAUUCAGGGUACAGCCAGUGUUGCUGUUGCUGGAAUUCUUAGUUCACGUCGCAUUACUGGAAAAAAAUUAUCGGAUAAUAAAUUUGUAUUUUAUGGUGCUGGUGAAGCAUCGAUUGGUAUGUCGGAUUUACUUGUUUUAGCAAUGGAACAUGAAGGAAUAUCGACUGAAGAAGCUCGAAAAAAGAUCUUCUUAGUUGAUUCUAAAGGACUUGUUGUUAAGAAUCGUCCAAGUGGAGGAUUAAAUGACGAAAAAAGUCGAUAUGCACAUGAACAUGCACCAAUCAAUAAAUUAGCGGAUAUUAUUCAAACUAUUAAACCAUCAUUUCUUAUUGGUGCUGCCGGUCAGGGCCCAGCAUUUACACGUGAAAUCCUGGAAAAUAUGGCAGCAGUUAAUGAACGUCCGGUUAUAUUUGCUCUUUCAAAUCCAACAUCGAAAGCUGAAUGUACGGCAAGUGAAGCAUAUGAAGCAACCCAAGGUCGAUGUGUUUUUGCAUCUGGUUCACCAUUUCCUGAUUACGUUUACAAUGGUAAAAAAUAUAUACCUGGUCAAGGAAAUAAUUCAUACAUAUUUCCUGGUGUUGGUCUUGCUAUUGUAUCAUGUGGUAUUCGACAUGUACCAGAUGAAAUAUUUUAUAUAGCAGCUAAAACACUUUCGGAACAAGUGAAAGAGGAAGAUCUUGCAUCAGGUCUGGUUUAUCCACCACUUGAAAAAAUCCGCUUUGUAUCAAGAAAGAUUGCUGCGGCAGUAGCAGAAUAUUCGUAUGAACAAAAGUUAGCUGCAUUUUAUCCGAAACCCAACAAUUUAGAAAAAUUUAUUGAAGAAAAUCAAUAUACAGCAGAAUACGAAGACUCAUUACCACCACGAUGGAGUUGGGGCGAAAAAAAGUAG